AUGGUUCCACUUGACAAUACCACUAACACAACAGUGAUAGUUGCUGGGAACACAACUUGUGGGCCAUCAGCAAACACACUUUGUGUACCUUUUGGAAUAUUUAUUGAUUCGAACUUUGAUUUAUAUGUGGUAGAUACUGGUAAUAAUAGAAUUCAACUCUUUAGAUCUGGACAGAUGAAUGCGAUGACAGUGACUGUAAAUGGAACCUCAAACGGUAUUUCAUUAUCUGAUCCAACAGAUGUUAUAAUUGAUGGUAAUGGAUAUUUAUAUAUUAUCGAUAUGGGAAACCAUAGAAUUAUUCGUUCUGGGCCAAAUGGUUAUAAUUGCGUGAUCGGAUGUAUAGGGACAAGUGGAUUAGCCUUUAAUCAGCUUAAUCAACCAUAUAAACUUGCUUUUGAUAGCCAUGGUAAUAUAUUUGUUAUGGAUGUCGGGAGUAGUCUCAUUUUGAAAUUUAUGUUGGCAACAAAUUCGUGUGAAUCAACUACUAUGAUGACAUCGCCUCAAAUGAUUGAUACUACAAUUAUCAAUGUUCGCACGUCAACAUCUUAUUUUUCUCCAUUAUCAUGUUCUAAUACAGCAUAUAUUGGUCUUAAUUGUAGUAUCUCUAGUAAUCUAUGUGAUAUGCUUCAACCAUGUCAAAAUAAUGGCACUUGUAAUAUUACUAAUCAAAACUCUCUUGGUUAUAUUUGUUCGUGUCCAUUGCAUUUCAAUGGUACUUAUUGUCAAUUUGAUGAUCGACCGUGUAAACCAAAUACUUGUAUCAAUAAUGGUAUAUGCAUCGAAAUGCCAAAUCUAACAUUUAUGUGCAAAUGCGCAAACGGAUGGAAAGGUGAUCGCUGUGAAAUAAAGAUUAAUUAUUGUGCAAAUAUAACCUGUCUGAAUAACGGUGUUUGCCGAUCAUUAUUGACUACAUAUAAAUGUGAAUGUCUGGGACAAAGUUAUUCUGGAAAAUAUUGUGAAAAAUCAACAAAUAGUCUAGUUGUUCGUAAAGUAAUUUCAAAAUCAUUCGGAUAUAUAGUAAUUAUUGCUUUGAUAGCCGUUGUUGUAUUUAUUAUAACGUUAGAUAUAUUAAAAUAUUUUUUUGGUAUUGAUCCAGUACGUAAAUACUGGAAAAAAAUGAAACGAAAGAAAAAAAUUAAAAAGUCUAAUCCUCAAGUGAUAAGACGAUUUACAUAUGUGAAUUAA